AGGCGCGUUUUGGCAAGAACUCGGUUGAUUUCAUGGAUUCCGUCUAUCAUCGUACGCACUAACUUAAGCGAGGAUGGAACGUCCUUUCGGGCGAAACUUCUCUAGACUUCUCAUCUCUGGUCUCUUCUUUCAGCUCUUGUUGUUGGGGGGGGUGCGACAUGCACGAGGGCAGCAGUGCAGCAGCAGCCAGUUCGACUGGCCGUCACAACAAUGCACCCUCCCCUGUCCCAUAACAUCUUCUUCCUGCACACAAGCUGCCAACUCAGAUGUUGUAUCGCUGGCUGGCACUGCCUACUGCUGCCUCUGCGUUAUAUCGGCGGAUGGGCAGUCCCAGUACAUGCUCUGCCCUGGGUCGUUGACGAACCCUCCUCAGAGCACUGAAGCGGGCUCCUCGCUGCUCGCGACCAUGAUUUUGAAAGACACUGCCGCUACGACGCUGACUGUGCCUGCUUCGACCACGACGUACGUCAAGAUAUCGCAGUCGGGCUCGAUCACCUGGUCUGAAUUCUCGUACCUUCAAGUCGAUGUUGCCGCGAACCCCGUCGUACCGCCGAGCAAUGAGACAGCGGCAGCCGGAGGCGCCAAUAGCUCUGCUGCGAACUCCAACGUCUCCGCUCGCAGCGACCAGAGCAAUGCGAAUCUUCCCAUGGAGCAGCAAAUCAAGGGCUCACACAUGAUGGGCAAUCAGAGAGAUUCGAUGAAGGUUCAAGUGAGGAGUUCGCAAGGAAGUGUGUCGGGAGGGUUGCAGUACGACGACAUUCUGUUCAAUCGGAGGAGCAAAGAGCAAGGGCUAGUCGACCAAACAAGGCGCUCCGAUGCUUCUUCCACAUUGAAUUGGUACUUUAGGACAUCUUUCCUCCCUGAUCUGUCUCACUCCCCUCCAGUCUUCGACUACUCGUCAACAGGAAACUCGUCCAUCACCUUGAGCUCUCCUGUCAGGACUUCUGUCUACUACAUGGCGUUGCAGUCAACGGAAAAGUACGUUGCAUCCGUAACAGCGUCUCAGAAGACAGCCGUGAUGCUCGCUGAAGGACAGCCGUAUCCGUUCUCUGUCAACAAGAACGAGCAUACGUUCAUGUACUUCUACCCCUCCGACGAUGGUCUGGUCCUACUCCAGCCUCGCAUCACUCCAGCCUUGUCCAACGUCAAUUCGAGGAUGUUCGUCCGUCUGGGCGCCCUGGCGACGGAGCGGAGCUGGAGCAAGUGGGUAGGAGGGCAUGACUCAGAGAUCGAUGGGAUGGCCGACUACUCGUACACAUCCGUUCUGUUCCUCAAGAGCGAUGGGGACAGGUACAUCUCGUGGACUAUCGAUCCCGGCAUGAAGAGCAUCUGGACGAUGACGCCGUACCUGGUGGCCCCCACUUCCUUGCAGCUCGACACUCCGAUGAACUUUGCGGUAGACAAGACUAUUAGGGCUCAGCUUUUCUCGGCGGUCCCGUCAGACACGCAAGGGAACUUCUAUUUCCAGCUGAUGCCUUCGUCUGCUCCCACUUCCCAGACCUACAGGCAAUGGCAGACCUUGCAGGCUGCAACCAGGAUAUACGCAGCGACCAAGAGGAACGGGAGGAUGGCCUACUACCAAGUGAGCGACUGGGGCUACACCUCAGAUGGAACGCCCGGCUUGCAAGUCAUGAUCGACCAAUGGGAUCAGGGAGCUACUGUGUACUUGCUGCUGUUCAUGGAGAAUGACGCGCCGAGCAACGAGUUCUCGGUCGUGGCGUUUAUGGCCGGCAGCUCGUUUUCCUCCUGGAAGUGGUGGUUCGGAGGAGUCCUGUUUGCCGUCUUUGUGUUCUGUGCGGGGCGCUGCGUGCUCUGCCGAGGCCCGAGGGGAGUGAGCUUGUUUGGGAUCCGCUCCAGGAAUGUUCGCUCGAUGGGAACCAACACCGGCUUGAGGGGUGAAGUGGAGCUCCAACAGGUCGAGGAGGUAUGCUCGACUGAACCAGCCCCUGAGGUCAUGAAGAAAGUCGCCGACACUCUCUAUCGUCGCAACGAGACAGGCAGCACCGAUACCAACAGCGUGCAUGUGGAGGUUACUGUUGAAGCCAAGGACGACGCCGCUGCGCAGGACAAGGGCAAAGUGAGCGACGGAACGCAGAGCACGGCAGCGGAUGCUGGGGCUGAAGCGAGUGGGGCUGUAGCAAGUGAGGCAGGACAAGCCAAGGGUGAGGGAGGCGAAGGUGGGAGGGAGGAUGGAGGCGGAGAGGACACGAGCUGUAUCGUCUGCCUCGACCGGGACCGGGAGGCGAUUCUGCUGGAGUGCGGGCACGGAGGACUGUGCCUGCAGUGUGCCACCUCGUUAUGGAACCAGGGCCCAGCAGGGCGGCACUGCCCGAUGUGCCGCAAAGUGUUCUCAGGUGUGAUGAAGAUCGUGGAGGAGCAGGAGGACAUGGUUAAGGUGCAGGCGGUACACUACGCGUACAAGCCCCCCGAGAGCAGUUCGGCGCCGAGGAUCUCGAUCCUGGGCAUCCGAGACGUGCUGAGCUCCAUCACAGGAAACGUGAUGAGCAGAGGGGGAGGGUCGGAGGGGGCGGGAGGAGGCAGCAACUCCUCCGCCAUCGUGCUGGGGCUGGUGACUGACAAUCGGAGGCGUCCAUACCCUGUUCAAGUCAGGAACGAGACGCAAGGCGAGGGCAGGAUCACGUCGACUUGAUCACUUCGCCUGCUGUUGUUUAUUCAUCCCUUUGUAUAGUGAACAAUAAUCACCUGUAGAUUGAACACGUGCUAGCAUGGUGAACAUUUGUGAAUUCUAUUCUAACAUGGUAUACAUGUCUGACUGCU